AUGCCACCAAAUUCGGAAAAUACCAGCCUUGAAACAUCUGCACCUGCCGAAGAAAACAAUGAUGCUACCACAACAGAUGAUGAUCUGAAGGGCAAAUGCAUUGUGAAGUAUCGUAAAAAUUUCUAUGACAUCACUAGAUUCCUGCAUAAACAUCCGGGUGGUAUAAACACCCUACGUGGUUUAGAAAAUGCCGAUAUGACAGCACGCUUUAUGCGUGCCCCGCCACAUUCAGAUGCUGCCAUGUAUCUAAUGAAAGAAUAUCAAAUUAAGACAACACCUGCAAAAUGGAGAAAUGGUCGCCGCCAUACCGCGAAUCAAAUUAAAGAAAAUAUUGAAAUUGUUGAAGAAGUGGAUGGUGAUGAGAUGGCGGAUAAACAUAAUAAUAAUGGUCUCGAUGAUAGUAUGGAGCAUUUGGUGGAUUGGUCGAAAGCUAUGUUACCACAAAUUGCCAAAAUUACACCGUAUUACAACGAAUGGGUGCACAAACCCGUCGAUCGGCCAUUACGUCUCUUUGGGCCAUGGUAUUUGGAGAUGUGUACCAAAACACCAUGGUGGUUGGUGCCGGCAUUUUGGAUACCCGUCAUAUCAACCAUUAUUUAUAAUCAAUUUAAUGAGUCCGUUGCAAAUCGUGAUUUAUUAAAGAUAACAUUUUUAUCGGUCUAUUUCCUAAUGGGUAUCUUAUUAUGGACAUUGCUAGAAUACGUGCUACAUCGUCAUGUAUUCCACAUGCAAAUGAAGGAGAAUCCCAACCCCUGGCUGUGUACAUUUCACUUUAUGAUACAUGGCCUACAUCACAAGGUGCCCUUUGAUCCAAUGCGUUUGGUAUUCCCACCAUUGCCGGCUGUUAUUCUGUGUCUUACAUUUUAUAUACCAUUAUCAUAUAUUGCACCCUAUCCACGGGUACUAUUGGCCGGUAGCCUUUUAGGUUAUCUUGGCUAUGAUAUGAUCCAUUAUUAUCUACACUAUGGUAAUCCUAGUCUUAAGCAAUUAUAUUUUAUGAAACGCUACCAUUAUCAACAUCAUUUUGCCCAUCAAGAUCAAGGAUUUGGGGUAUCGAAUCCUUUGUGGGAUUUUGUUUUUCAGACACGCAUAUGUUUGCGUAAAUUAACAUUUCGUUUAAAGUGGAAAUAG